CCCAAAUAAAACCAGUUCUCAGAUCUGAUCAGAAUAAGAGAAGAAACCAUUUCCUAGAUUCAAUUACCUAAAAUAGGCAUCAUAAGCAACCUAAAUCAUCUUCAGUUAGUUGCAAACAUAGUGUCAGAUACUUGAUGAUUUCUACAGUUUCUAGUUGGUCAGGGUGGAAGGAUAUUGUCAGCAGCAAUGGAGUAGUCGUCUCUGUGGCGGUUACCGUGGUGGCAAUCUCUUUGUCUAUAAUUAGCAGGAGGAGGAACUGCGGAAAGUCGUUGCCGGGACCGCGAGGGUUCCCCUUGAUUGGAAACCUCCUAUCUCUGGAACCUGAUCUCCAUUUUUAUUUUACAAAAUUAGCCAAAGUUUAUGGUCCAAUUUACAAACUUCAAUGGGGUAUGAAGUGUUGUACUGAAUUCUUCAGCUCUAGCAAAGGAAGGCCUUCGAGAUCAAGAUGCUAAAUUUGCUGAUCGCGACGGACCUGUCGUGGGGAUGGUUUUAUCCUAUGGUGGUAUUGACAUGGUAUGGAGUGCUAGUGACGCUGAAUGGCGAAAACUUCGAAAGAUAUGUGCCCAUGAACUGAUGAGUAACACAAAUCUUGAUUCUUGUUACAGUCUUCGUAGAAAUGAGGUUCGAAAGAUGGUGAAAGAUUUGUACAGUAAGAUAGAAACUCCGGUUGACGUCUACGGAGCAGUGUUUACGACGAACCUUAAUGUGAUAAUGAGUAUUCUAUGGGGUGGCACACUGGUUGGGGCCGAGAAGACAAGUGUUAAUGCGGAGUUCAGGCAACUAUUUCAUGAGAUUGUUGAGCUGAGUGCCGAGCCUAAUGUUUCAGAUUUUUUCCCGUUUCUUGAAUGGUUUGACAUACAAGGUAUUGACAAAAAAGCAAAGGCGCUAUUAGCAUGGAUGGACCGAAUCUUUGCUUCAAUAAUCGAUCAGCACAUGAAAAUGGAAAGAACCGAGGAGCAGCAGCACAAAGAAAGCAAGGACUUUCUACAAUUUCUUUUGGAGCUCAUGGAGAAACAGGAUCCUAAAACACAAAUUACCAUGGCCCAGAUGAAGGCGUUGUUCAUGGAUAUUGCCGUUGGGGGGACAGACACAACAUCGGCGACAGUGGAAUGGGUGAUAUCUGAAAUGAUACAGAAUCCAGACAUGAUGAAGAAAGCUCAAGAAGAGUUAGAACAAGUGGUCGGGAAGAACAACAUAGUGGAAGAAUCUCAUAUUUCCAAGUUGCCUUACUUGGAUGCAGUAGUAAGAGAAACCCUUCGAUUACACCCGCCAGGUGCAAUGUUGGUUAGGCGCUGCCCCGAUUCACCUUGCACAAUUGGUGGGUACACUAUUCCCAAAGGUGCUAAAGUGAUUUUCAAUACAUGGGGAAUGCAUAUGGAUGCAGACGCUUGGAGCAAUCCGUCAGAGUUUCUACCUGAGAGGUUCUUGGCUAGUACUCCUGAUAAUAUGAAGAAAUAUGAUUACAGAGGAAAUAACUUCAGCUAUCUUCCAUUUGGGUCUGGGAGGAGGGUCUGUGUUGGGAUUUCUCUUGCAGAAAGAAUGGUAACGUACCUAUCAGCUACGCUAUUGCAUUCGUUCGAGUGGCGGUUACCUGAAGGUACGAAACCCGAUCUCACAGGGAAGUUUGGUAUCGUUUCGAGGAAGGCGAUACCACUUGUGGCUGUACCUACUCCUAGAUUUUCAAAUCCUGAAUUUUACGAGUAAGACAUAAAUGGGACAGUUCAGCAAGGGCAUACCCAAUGUGACAAUGUCUUAAAGGGGGAGUGGGACUGUUAUAACGGUAAUAACAAUUCGUGGCGGUUACCAUAAUAACGGCUAUUUAAACGUUUUUUCCGUUUUUUUCUUUCUUUCUAGUUUUCCCCAGUAAUACCAUUUUCUGAUGGCUGUUGUAACUUGUAACUCUUAAAGUGUAAACGGUCGAGAUAGUUGCUUAUUAGAGAGAUGGAAACUAGCAAAUUCCGUUCCAGACGUUUGCUUUGUUCCCUAUUUCACAACACUUGAUUGGAUUUGGACUAUCCCAUUUGAUAGGUUUGUAUUUUAAUUUUGAUUUUCACUUGUGAUAAUUUCAUCUAUUACGGCUGUUUUGUUUGAUUUUAUAUCGCUUAUGUGUUUGUUGAAUGUUCUAACUGACCAUUAAAGCUGUUUUUACAUUCCAUCUUUACAUAUUUGAAGAAACUGAACCUAGCUAUAUUCUGAUAAUCGAAAUUCUAUAGAAAAGCAUCAAUAAUGUGAACUCAACCAACGAAUACAGCCGUUCUCAAAGUAAGUCCACGUUCUAAAACAUUAGAACAGGAUAAAAUACUUAAAAAGGAAAAGAAGUUGGUGAGACAGUCCUUUCUCAUAAUCUGUCAACCCUUUCACUUAAUAAUUUAGUCAACUUUGGUAUUCUACCACAAGAAAACCCAUCAAAACAUAACCUUCAUGAAUCUCGAUCUGAUUCUACACGUCUUCUUUUAAAAUAUUUUUUAUAGUAGGUGAUAGUUUACAUACAUAUUUAUCUUCAAUUCAAUCUCUUCAUCUUCAUUACCCAGCCUCACUGCAAUUCUCUCUGUGGAAAUAGUUUAGGCUGAUCUAUACUUGCAGGUUCAUUUUAGAUGAUUUUACAGAUUUCAGAUUUGUCAUGGUGGCGGUGGAUGGAAAACGUCACAAAUGGCGGAAACAAAGUCAAUACCGGGGUCUCGAUGGUAAUGUUGGUGCUAUAACUUAUAUUUUUGUAGUUCUUGGUAGGAGAUUGCAAAGGAGGAGCAGUGGAGAAACACGAUUUCCACCUGGUCCACGAGGGUUACCAUUAAUCGGAAGCCUUCUUUCCUUAGAACCUGAUCUCCAUGUAUACUUUGCAAAAUUAUCAAAAAUAUAUGGUCCAAUUAUCAAACUUCAGCUUGGCAGGAUGCGCGUUAUUGUGGUGAAUUCUUCUUCUGUAACAAAAGAGGUCCUUAGAGAUCAAGAUGCUAACUUUUCCGGCAGGGAUUUACCGACAUCAGUGUUGAUUAUGACGUACGGUGGGAAAGAUAUUAUAUGGGGUCAAAGUGAUCAAGAGUGGAGAAAGCUUCGUAAGAUAUUGACUCAUGAACUAUUGAGUAACACAAGUCUUGAUUCUUCUUAUUCUCUACGCCGAUCUGAAAUCAGACGGAUGGUGAAGGAUGUUCAUGGUAUGAUUGGUACACCCAUAAAUGUUGGUGAGCAAGUGUUUGUAGCAACUCUGAAUGUGGUAUUGAACAUGUUAUGGGGUGGCACAAUUCAGGGGGACGAAAGGAUUCGUGUUGGGAUUCAAUUUCGGCAGUUGUUCAAUGAAAUGGUUGAAUUAGGCCUUAAACCCAAUAUUUCAGAUUUUUUUCCAAUUUUUACAAGAUUUGACAUGCAAGGGAUCGAGAAGAAGUCGUGGAGGAUUUUGAAUGAGAUGGAUCGGAUGUUUGAUUCAGUCAUUGAGCAGCACUUGAAAUUAGAGAAGGAGAAUAAUGGCUCCAAACCGAGAAGCAGUAAAGACUUUUUGCAGUAUCUAUUGGAGCUCACUAAAGAACAUGAGUCCAAAACACAAGUAACUAUGGCUCAGCUUAAGGCCUUGCUCCAGGAUGUUGUUGUAGCUGGGACUGACACAUCCGCGACGACAUUAGAAUGGGCAAUGUCAGAAGUGAUUAAGAAUCCAGAAGUUAUGAGGAAGGCUCAAGAAGAGUUAGAUGAAGUAGUAGGAAAAAACAACAUCGUAGAAGAGUCUCAUAUGAACCAGUUGCCUUACCUGGAAGCAGUGGUGAAGGAGACUUUAAGGUUACAUCCUGCAGGACCAUUAUUGAUUCCACAUCGCUCUGUUAAAUCUUCAGUAGUUGCUGGGUACACUAUUCCAGAGGGCAGCAGAGUGUUUGUUAAUGCGUGGGCUAUUCACAGAGACCCGGAAGCUUGGAAAAAUCCGCUAACGUUUCAGCCGGAGAGGUUCUUGAGUAGUGAUGAUAACCUCAAGAAAUAUGGUUCCACAGGUAACGAUUUUGAUUAUAUUCCAUUUGGGUCUGGGAGGAGGAUUUGUGCAGGAACUCCUCUUGCUGAAAGAAUGUUGAUCUAUGUAUUAGCUUCUCUUCUGCAUUCAUUUGAUUGGAAAUUACCCGAGGGGGAAAAACUUGAUCUUACCGAGAAGUUUGGGAUUGUUUUGAAGAAAGCAACACCUCUUGUUGCUAUUCCUACUCCAAGGUCACCAAAUCUUGAUUUUUAUUGAGAAAAUUUUACUGGAAUAACAGUGGGUUAGUCAAAUGAGAUUUUUGUAGACUUUCAUAGAUUUUCUAUUUGAGUGAUUUCCGGAGAUUCUCUAAAAAUCUAGAGAUCUCUUGUGAGUAUCUAAGAGUAUUUCAGGGAGUCUUUGUGACUUGUAGAGACAAAAUAUGAGAUUUGUAAAGAGUCUCGGUGACUUGUAGAGACAAAAAAAUGUAUAAUACUCCCUCCGUUUCUUUUUUAAUAGGCUGGUUUCU